GGUCCGGGGCCAUUAAACGCGUUAUAUGUCUUGCAAUUUGAUCCUGCAGCACUCAGUGCGCCGAUCAGUGAGUAAUUUACGCGAAUUCUUCAGCAUCGUUGAGAACUCUGGCAAAGUAAGUCAUACGUAUUUUGACUGAGACACCGGGCUAGUACAUGUAGCUUCCAGUCACGACAAUCAACGUGAUCUAUUUAAAAGGCAAUCGAUCAGCAAAUCUAUCAUCGGUGGCAACUAGUUCGUGCACUCUCCAGUGCACAAUUCAAAAAAGGACAUUGAAAAAAUUGCCUCUGAAAUUUCUAGUAAAUGUUUACUAGUUAUUGAAAGGGAUGCAGGGCAUCAUGCCAAUAAAAGCUAAAGCAAGGGUGGAAAAUAUGGGAGUAUCAGGAGAUCUUGUUGAUGCACGAGCUAAACAAGUACUUAGAGAAGCUGUCGAUGCCGUUGUUAAUAGUUUUGCUAAACAUACUCAAGGCUAUGGUAGAGUCAAUGUAGUAGAAGCACUUCAAGAAUUUUGGCAAAUGAAACAGAGUAGAGGUACAGAAUUACGAAAUGGAGCAUUAGUCAUUUAUGAGUCAGUUCCUGGAGCAACUCCUCCGUAUGUUUGCUAUGUUACAUUACCUGGUGGUUCUUGUUUUGGAAGCUUUCAAAACUGUCCAACAAAAGCUGAAGCUAGAAGAUCAGCUGCUAAAAUAGCUCUUAUGAAUUCGGUAUUCAAUGAACAUCCAUCAAGAAAAAUCACAGAUGAUUUCAUUGAAAAAGCUGUGGCUGAAGCUAGAGAAAGCUUCAACAAACCUGCUUCAAGUGCAAGUAGUAGCCAAUCACAGAAUAGUGGAGAUGAAAAAGAAGAUCCUAAUACGGGAAUAGGAGCAUUUCGCUUUAUGUUAGAAUGUAAUCGCGGUAGAACAAUGUUAGAAUUCCAAGAAUUGAUGACUGUUUUCCAAUUACUUCAUUGGAAUGGAUCUUUGAAGGCUAUGAGAGAAAGACAGUGCAGUAGACAAGAAGUUGUUGCUCAUUACAGUCAUCGAACUCUUGAUGACGAUAUGCGUACUCAAAUGGCUUUAGACUGGGUUGCAAGAGAGCAUGAAAAUGGUGGUGGUGUUGUAGCUAUGGAACUUGCUCUUGCUGAGAGAGAAUUAGAGACUGCUAGGCUUGCUGGUCGUGAACUAAGAUUCCCAAAAGAGAAGAAAGAUAUUCUCAUGCUUGCUCAUGCUCAGAUUUGCUCCCAAUAAUUUUAAUUAAACGAAAGUAAUUUUAUGCCUUUCAUAUUUCUUGCGGAACACUUAUCUGAUAUAUCUAAAUUGACUAUAACUUUAGUUUGAAUAGAAUUACCAAGAUUUUUGUUAAACAAUAAUCAAAUUAUUUUUUUAACAGUAUAGAUUGUGGGGUUUAAUUGUAUAUAUUUAAAUAUAUAUAAAUAUGUGUGAAAUUUAAUCGUUAAGCAUGGGAAUCUUUGUUUUUAUAAUAUUGUUACAAUAUUAUUAUUGAUUGGGCAUUUUUUAAU